GAUGCCACCGAAGACUCAGUUCCCCAGCUGGACCUUGUUCCUGGCUGUCUGUGCUGUUGGAAUCGGAGGGACCUUUCAGUAUGGAUAUAAUGUUUCCAUUAUCAAUGCACCCACCCAGCACAUACACAAGUUCUUAAAUGAAACCUGGACCAGGCGGUACCACGAGGCACUCAACCCCGACCUGCUGACUUUUCUUUGGUCUGUCAUUGCUUCCAUAUUCUCACUUGGAGGCCUGUGUGGAGCCCUGAUGGGAGGCAGCAUGGCCAUUUGGCUGGGCAGGAAAGGAGCUCUUCUGAUGAAUAACAUCAUAGCAAUACUGGCCUCCACUUUAAUGGGCAUCAGUUUUCCUACAGGAUUGUUUGAGUUGCUGAUUGCUGGAAGGUUUUUGAUUGGCAUAAAUUCAGGUAUUGGGAUCUGUGUGCAGCCUCUGUAUAUUGGAGAGGUUGCCCCAAAACAUCUUAGAGGUGGCAUGGCCAUGGGGACUUCCAUCUUUCUGACUGGGGGGAUUCUGACAGGACAAAUAAUUGGCUUGAGGGAAUUACUGGGUGGAGAAGCAUACUGGCCUCUCUUGCUAUCCAGCAGCUGUUUACCAGCAUUUGCCCAACUGUUAUUCCUGCCAUGGUUUCCUGAAAGCCCCAGAUACCUCCUUAUAGACAGAGGUGAUGAGCUGAGCUGUGCCAAAGCACUGAAGUGGUUCCAUGGCUCUUCCGAGUAUCGGCGGGAGAUGGAAGAUAUCCAGCGGGAAUGUUGUGCCUUGGAUGGGGAGAAGCCCAGGAAGCCCUGGCAGCUGUUCCAUGACCAUGGCGUGAGGUGGCAGCUGGUCACUGUGAUUGUGACCACCAUGGGCCAGCAGCUCAGCGGCAUCAAUGCGAUUUAUUUCUAUGCAACUUACAUUUUUGAACAAGCUGGGAUCUCAUCAGAACAAAUCCCCUAUGUGACACUCGGGACUGGAGCUUGUGAGUGCCUCACAGCCCUCACCUGUGGCUUACUGAUAGACUACGUGGGAAGGAGAUACCUCAUUGUUGGGGGUUAUCUCCUCAUGACCCUUUGGAGCAUCGUUCUAACCUUCUCCCUGACCUACCAGGAGCUGUACCCAUGGGUGCCUUACGUGAGCAUGGCAGCUCUGUUUGCCUUCAUCCUGAGCUUUGGGCUGGGGCCAGGUGGCAUAACCAACACCCUGACAGCUGAGCUCUUCAUACAGUCCUCACGUCCUGCUGCUUACAUGAUAGCAGGGGCUGUUAGCUGGGUCAGUUUCUUCACAAUUGGGAUGCUCUUUCCCUUUAUUGUGAAUGGACUGAAGCAGUAUUGUUUUCUGGUGUUCUUGCUCGAGUGCUCCUCAGUUGCUGCUUUCAUCUUUCUCGUGAUUCCUGAGACAAAAAACAAAUCUUUUCUGGAAAUCCAAAAGGAUUUUCACAAGCUUAACUUUGGAAGAAACAGCAGGAAAAAGGAAACAGAGCUGAAUGAAAGACGACAACUUCGUGAUGAGUUUAAACAUUGUCUGUAA